AUGCUGUUGUACCUAACCUUUCACAGACAACACGCCGUUGUGCCAGCAUUCGUACAUGCGACAAGGGCCGAGGAUAAUCAAAACAACACGGAACACAAUGCCUUAUUUUAUACUACAAUAAGCCUAGUAGUAAUAUUCAUCGUAUAUCUAACGUAUAAGAUAAUCCAAAACUUAAUAAAUAAACGAACGGCGACUGAAACAGAAAACACGGUGUAUACCCUAGAACUUAUCGAAAAACUGGAGAAUAAUGAAAUAAAAUGCAAGCUAAGCAAGCCAACACCAGUAACGACAAUAGUUGCUGACGAAGUCAAAGCCUGA